UUGUUUUUUUUUACAGGGCCAGAUCCAGAUGAUUUGCUCGACCAGGGUUAUACGGAUCAAAAUGGUGAAUUUUAUUUAAAAGGCGGCACGAAAGAGCUGACACCAAUUGAUCCGGUGUUUAAAGUUUAUCACGACUGUGACGAUGGAGUAAAGAAUGCAAAGAUAUCAGCUUUUAAUUUCCCUGAAAUUUCAACCAUUUUGCAGCCCGGUAAAAGAAAGGUAAAAUUCAAGUUGCCGAAAUCUUACAUAACCAGAGGAAAAACGCCGAAAAAAGUGUUUGAUAUUGGGGUACUCAAUUUGGAAACAAUAUUCAAUGUAAGCUAUCAAGGAAGUUUUUACAUAUUGUUUGCUUUUACAGAAGCAUAAAA